UAUAAUUGUGCGCGUGACUGUCACGUGAUUAUACAAUAAUACAAAAUGACGGACAAGCAAACAGAGAAAACUCCUUUAAUAAAAGAAUAUGAUGGCGAGGAGGAAGAACUUUCAGCAUGCGGGGCAACAUUGGCAUGCAAUCCUAGGAGGCCACUUCAUCGAUACCUCGUCUUGAUUAUUAUGUGUUUUCUUAGUUUUGGAAGUUAUUUCUGCUAUGACAAUCCAGCUGCUCUUCAAGAUAACAUGACACGAGAUUUAAAAAUAUCAGUUGGUAAAUUUAUGGGCUUCUAUUCCUGGUACUCCUGGCCAAAUGUGAUUCUGUGUUUCUUUGGUGGCUUCUUGAUUGACAGGGUGUUUGGUGUUCGAAUAGGUGCUGUCAUAUUUAGCUUAUUUGUGACAGUUGGACAGAUUGUUUUUGCCACUGGAGCUUUGUUAAACAAGUAUUGGCUGAUGUGUGUUGGAAGAUUCAUUUUUGGUAUUGGUGGUGAGUCUCUUGCAGUAGCACAGAAUACCUAUGCUGUGAAGUGGUUUCAGGGUAGAGAACUCAACAUGGUGUUUGGUCUUCAGCUCAGUUUCUCUAGAGUUGGUAGCACAGUUAAUAUGAAUGUAAUGCAGCCAAUAUACCAGUACAUAUCUCAUACAGUCCAGGGAUACAAAUGUCUUGGUGUGGCAUUGUUUGUAGGUGGAGUAAUGUGUCUCCUGUCACUGAUAUGUGCACUGGCACUGGGAUUCUUUGACAAGAGGGCAGACAGAAUACUGAAAAGAGCUUCAGUCUCUUCAGAUGAAGUUAUAAGAAUAAAGGAUGUAAAGUACUUUGGAUUUAAGUUUUGGUUGCUAUGUAUUAUCUGUGUAGCCUAUUAUGUGGCAGUGUUCCCAUUUAUAGGACUUGGUCUUGUUUUCUUUGAAAUGAAAUUUGGACUUGAUCCGUCAGUAGCAAAUAGUGUUAACAGUUUAGUAUACAUUAUAUCAGCAAUUGCCUCACCCCUUUUUGGCUUCCUCAUAGACAAGAGUGGCAAGAAUGUAUUCUGGGUUAUUUUAGGCACCUCUGUUACGAUAGGUUGUCAUGCCAUGCUUGCCUUUACAUUUAUCACACCUUUUGUUGCCAUGAGUGUUAUGGGCUUGGCUUAUUCUGUAUUAGCCAGUGCAUUGUGGCCAAUGGCAUCAAUGAUUGUUGCUCAGCAUCAACUUGGUACAGCAUACGGCAUAAUGCAGGCUAUUCAGAAUCUUGGUCUAGCAACCAUAUCUAUAGCUGCUGGAAGUAUUGUAGAUUCCAAUGGCUACCUUAUUCUGGAAGUAUUCUUUUUGGCAUGGCUUUGUAUUGCUCUUAUUGCUGCAGUAUUACUGUACCUGAUUGAUGCUGCUCAAGGAGGUGUUCUCAAUAAAUCUGCUAGACUAAGACAGAAAGAGAGGGAAUUGGAAGCAACAAAUGAAAAAACUGCAAUAAAUUGAAAAUGGGAGAAGUCACAGGAGCCAGUGCCAAAUUUUGUACAUAAUACUCUUUACCACUUUAAAAAGGAAAAAGAUCAAAAUGAUUUGCAAACAUUAUAAUGUUAUAUCAUUGACAAUUGUUUCUGUUUUAUUUAAAGAUAUAUUGUUAUUUGCUUUGAAAAUUGUUGCAUAAUCACAAUGAAUGUUUGUAGAUAUACCUUAGAUAGAUCCUUUGUAGCAUUUUAUAUGCUGGAAAAUAAUUUGGUGUAUAAAUAGAAUCUAUCAUUGGGCUAGAUAGAGGAUAGGGAAAUCCCAACCCGAGGGUUUAAUUCCCUUGAUUUGAUUAAAUUGUCAUAAUUAUGUUAAUAUGUAUAUAAUAAAUUUGAUUCAUAUGUGAACAAAACAACACUUGUGACUGUAUGAACAUGUUGAAUAAUUUAGAUUUGACCUUGGUCUUUGAAUGACCUAAAAUCGUUAGCCUUGACUGAAGUAGGAUUUUGAAGUACAACACCAAUUAAAAAUUAAAUGUACAAGUAACAGUAAGUCUUAAUGUGUGAAGGCUUCUUUUUCUUGAAUACACCCAUUGACAGUCUCUAUAUGAACUGCGUAAAUAACCGAGGUAUUUCAAGUGAAAAAAUACGAGUUGUUUCCCUUAUCUUUGAAUAAAAUUGCUAAAACAAUACAAAUUUAGCCGUUUUUAAACCACUAGUUUGGGGCGUUUAAAUGUCCAAUUUUAAAAUUUAUUACACCAAUGAAAAGCUUGUGAUCUUAGCUUCCUCUCAUAUACUUUAACAUAAUGUUUGACACUAAAGGUAUUUAAAUUAACGGUUUAUCCUACCACAAGUCAGAACCAACAUACAAUUUAUACAGUGAUACACAACCAGUUACCUUUACUUGCAAUUCUACUAAUAAGAAUAGCCUGUCGUCUGCUAGUUCGGAAACUGUCAAUCCGUGUAUUCCUACAACUUAAUGCUGGAUUUACAGGAGAGAACAUUCUAUUUUGUAAUUCUUGUUGUACAGACCUCUCACAAUGACAGGUGACAGAUUUCCCAGUUAUCUCCUGAUAAUGUGUUAAAUGAAUGAAAUUCCAGAACCAUUAGGGCUAAAAUGUUAUCAUAGUAGUAAGAUGAGGUAAAAGGGAUGUUAAAAACUAUUGGGGAGCCCCCAAGUUGUGGCAUGUUUGAAUCCCAAAUUAUACAGAAAAUGAUAAUAAACUAAUCAUUACUCAUGAAGAAAACAUACAUUUUCACCAUGAGACCAAAAUAUAAAACAGGCAUUAGGGUUUUUUAUUCAUUCCAGACAUGGUUAUUUACUAAAUGCUUCCUCCAUUAUAUUCACCGUCUACCUCUUAAACCCAUUACUGCAUUCAUUUUGUGAAAAAUGGCUGUUUUCAUUGAAAAGUCUCCUGUUACAAGUUCAGAUUGCAAUGAAACUGUAAAGAUGCUCCAAUAUUCAUCAAACUUGGCACAAAUGUUAACUGGACCAUAGCCUUUGUAAUGGCAUGCUCAAUCUUAAAUUUCCUGUUGCCAUGAAAAGGAAGGGACAUCUCAAAAAUUGCAAAAAAUCAUGAUUUUAUGUUGAUAUUUCCAUCCAUACUGAUUUCAAAGUGCCACAACUUCUCAAUGGAUUGAGAUAGAGUCGAAGGCUUUUCAGUGUUGGUUACAUGUUACCUUCUAAUCGACCAAAGGCCAAUUUUAGCCUCUCGAAAGUCAAAAAUCUUCUUGGUGAUGAGGGGGCUGCUGUCCCCCUUCAAACCCCUAAGCAGAAAGGGAUCCAUCUGUCACCCCCCUUUUGAUAGGGAGCGGCGCCGAAAAAUGUGAUGACUUUUUUUUAAAACUAUUUCUGCAAAAUCAAAGUGUAUGGGGUCUAAAUAGGACAUUUUUUCUUUAUUUAAGGUCUCAAAGGGGGGGGGGGGGCAAAAGUGCAUUAUUUCAUGUGUAUUAUGAGGUGAAAGGUUAAUCAAUCUUCUUAAUUGGUCAAUACCAACAAUUAUAUCAUUUACACAUAUUCCAAUAACGAUAGUGAGUAAAUUCUGUAAGGGAUUCAUUUGCAGGGAUUUGUUUUGGAGGGAAACUUGAUGAUUCAUAUGAUAUAGAACCACGGUCUGAAUGCUAGUCUUGAAUUGAAAAUUGUACAUCACCUCAAUCAUAUCUAAUUUAAGUGUUGUACAACUAAAUUCCUACUGUCUGUUGGUGUUUUGCACUGCAGCCGAAACGUUUGCAAUUAAAUUUAAUUACUAAAUGUUCGUGUUUGUGUGGCUUGUCUGAUUACUGUCUGUUGAGGCCUUUAUAAUUUUUUUUAUUGAAAUGAUUCAUACUUGGACAGAACAAGUGUGACAAGACAGACCUAUUAAAAUGAAAAACUUAUUUUUUUUUUAAAUUUCUUUUUAAAUUUUUUUUUAAAUGUUUGUUUGCUUUUAGAUAAAGUAAAAAAGUUGAGUGCUGCGAUGGUUCUUGUUUUCUAAAAUACAGUACUUUGUUAUACUUAUUUUUUAAUUAACUUUAUUUUUAGACAUUUUCUGUUAAGAUUAUUAUGAUUGAGAAGUUUUAAGGUGACAAUGAUUAUUUUGAAAUUAAACAAUAUUAGUAAUUAUAUAAUAAUAGAGGAAAUUUAAAAAUUGUAAAUUCACUGAGAAAGAUAGCUGAGUGUCACUUUAAUUACAUCUACAUAGAUUUAUAUUGUAUUUUGUCUUAAUAAUUUUCCCUUCAAACCUACAAAGUGCAGAUCAUUUGGCAUGUAGCAUCACUUUAUUGGCCAUUAUAAAAGAUAAUUAUCACUUUUGGGCAAUCAUGAAUAUGAUAUCUGUGUUGGUGUUAUUGAUGUAAAAAAUAAAAAUAAUUUGUAAACAUAGAA